UAUUGAAGCAACAAAUUUCUGCAGGUUGUCAGCGAUUCAGUUAUUGUCCAUGAUUCUUCCAAUGGUAGAGAAAUUGAAUGUCAACUUCUUCCUAUUUCCGAUGCUAUUAUGAGAUUAAGAACUCGCUAUGUCAAAGCAUAUCUAGGCACUUCUCCCAGCGCCCGUCCUAAAUUUUGGCUUGUAUUCCCUGUUUCUGUUCCUCCUCUCGGUUUCAGCACAUAUGCUAUAUCUAGUGCUACAAAGAGAGGCUCUAUCACUUCAUUGUCAACUUCGUACUUAUCAAAGGGAACUAGCAAAGACAACAUGGAGAUUGGUCCAGGAGACUUGAAGCUCCUUUACAAUGUGGAUAAACUGGAGCUCUCUUAUUAUUCCAACAAAAGAAGUUCUGUUAAAUCAUCCUUAGGGCAGUCAUAUAAGUACUAUAUUGGAGCGGUUGGAGAUAAAACUGAUCCACAGGCCUCUGGAGCUUAUGUUUUUCGUCCAAAUGGAACUUCUCUGAUCAAAUCUAAGCAGGUUCCAUUGACUAUUAUGCGAGGACCCCUAGUAGAUGAAGUGCAUGAACAGGUCAAUCCAUGGAUAUAUCAGGUUAUGUAAUUUCUUAACUUUGUUCAGGUUUUACAUGCAUAGUG